CACACGCAUGCACACACACAUCCUGCCUCUCUGUGCGCAUAAUGAUUCAUCAACCACCGCUUGCUCAUGAGAACGCGAUUUCGAGUCCGAUGAGUUCAUUUCGGAGCGCGGCGUUGUGUCGUGGUCGUGGGCCCUCGCACGCACCCACCCCCACCUCCGCUCUCAUCCCGCGUCUCGACGGACUAAACACUGCAGCAGCGGCGUCAGACUCCAAGCUGCGUUUUCCCCGCCGUGAUGGAUCCCAGUGUUAACCGAUGAGCUGCCAUCAGAAGACCGCUGCGCUGUGGGAAGGAACCGACGAGCGACGACCGCGGCUAAACUGUGCCGCACGUCAAAUGGAUAAAAAAGCAAAUACAUUUCUACCAAUGUCAUAGGACCGUCUUGUCUGCAUUCCCGACAGAUCCACAGUCGGUUGAUAGUGCUUCUACGGCCGACAUGUAAAAGCUGGAUAACUAUUCCGUUUGACCGACACCCAUCCGCAGCAGCUUACAACGGGAAGCAUUCAGCUUCUUUCCAGAAGAUGGUAAACCUUUGCUGACAAAGGCCACGGGUCUUAAUCCCUGCCCUUGGUCCCGAUACAACAAUCGACCCAGCCCUUUAUAGCAGACGUCAACAUGUAAGGUGUAUGGAAGCUGAGGAUCAGCAAAAACUAACACAGGAGUCUAGCUGGCAUCAGGCAGACAACCCUGCAACAACCAAUUUAGGGGACUAAGCCCCUCAGGCCUGUAGAUCUACUGGAAUCAUGUUCUAAUGACUGCGUCUCAGCCAGCAUGAAAGGGUUAGGAGCCAACCGCAGUCGUCACCUAUCGGACUCAUGUGAACCAGCAGGAUGCCCUCAAAAGCCUCUCUGCUCUUUGAUCUCUGACCCUCAUAGUUCCUUUCUGUUGAGCCCCACUAUAAACCACUAUGGCACUUUGGACCCUCAUUAUCAACAGUGUCCUCCCACCAGUCCCACCAGCCCUGACUGCUUGCUGCCUUUUAAUCCGAUGUCAAACAGUAGUACUUUUCCUCGCCUGCACUUCAACUCCCAGACUGAGCAGGGCGACUACUCACAGGGCUGUAUGACUGCUAGUGGUGGAGUUGGGCAGAGUAGCAGGGCAGGUACACUGUCCACCUCAUUAUCUAUGGGUAUGGGCUUGGGUCUAGGCCUUACUGGUGCUCCUAUGAUCACCAGUGGCUCAGCCACCAUCUCCUCUGCAGCAGCAGCAAAGAUGAACCGGUUACCUUCCAGCCUUUUGGACCAGCUAGAGAGGCAUCUGCCCCUACAGAGUGAUGGCUUUAGUACUCUGCAAUUCCACAGAGGGCGUAUGUCAAAGCAACGCAGUGAUAGUCCGGGACGCAUUCGGCACCUGAUGCAUUCUGUGCAGAAACUGUUUGCCAAGUCUCAGUCAUUGGAAAACUCAGCACUUAAAGGCAGCAUGAAUGGCCGCUCUGCUGGAGGAAUGACUGGCACCACAGGGGCUGGAGAGGAUGGUGGGAGACCAACACGCAGGAGCAAGAGUAAAGACAGGGCUAAAACAGAGGUGCCAAAGCAAAGACCUCGGCCUAAUGCUCUGAGCUUCUGGAGCUCAGAUGAUGCCCUGGACACUGACACUACCAAAGCUGGCACAAUUGCUGUGGGUUACCGCAACCCACUGAGCAUGAUGACUCUUGGAAGAGCUGUGUCAGACAGCCAGGCCGCUCCCAGACAUAUUUCACAGGGCUACAACACUAUUUCUGCACAUACUCUAAAGACCUCAAAGAGCAGCAGUGACCUCAAGUUACUGGUAUACCCAGCAAAGCAGGCAGAAUCUAAAGAAGAGGAAGCAAGGAUUAGAGAAAGCAAGGAUGAUACACUAAGGAAGAGGGGCUCCUGGUCCACGCUCACCCUCAGCCAGGCAAGGCAAGUGUUGCAGAAGGGUUCAGCUACAGUUAACAAGACUCUGCUCAACAAAUCAAAGUCAUGUCACCAAGACCUGGCACAACAGUUCCUUCAGGUAGGAGGGACAGUGCCACUGGGGGACUGGGCUGGAACCUUAUGUCAGGGUAGGGCCAAAGGAACCGAGAUCCCCUGUCGAAGGAUGCGCAGUGGCAGCUAUGUGAAAGCAAUGGCAGACCUAGAAGACAGCGAGGACUCAGAGGGAAGCCCCAAACCUUCCCCUAAAUCUGCAGCUCGUCGCCAGAGCUACCUGAAGGCCACCCAGCAUUCCUUGAGUGAGCAACCGCUACCACCACCUCCACGCAAGCCUGGUUGCUACGCUCUCAUGUGGGAGGAUUAUCUCUGGUCGCCUCUGCAAAGUGCAUGCUCUAUGCAGCAUCUGAGCUCCCUGCCAUCCCUGAAAGAGCUGUCAACUAAUAGGAGCCUGGAUAACUUAGACUGCCUGGUGAGCCCAUUGGAGGUGCCUCCACUGCACAGAAACAAUGAUUUUAGCCAGUGCUCUGGAAGCCUGAGCAGAGACUCAAGCACUCAGCGUGUGAGUAUGCACACGUUCUUUCAGGUAUGUGGGCACUCCUUACCAUACUGUGAAGGGGAAUCGCAGGCGGUAGAGGCUCUGGAUUUGCCUGCACCUACAUGCUUCCGGUCCCGCAGCCACAGCUACCUGCGGGCCAUUCAAGCAGGCUGUUCCCAGGAUGAAGAUACAGCUUCUGUGGACUCAGACUCACCUCCACCCACCACUACAGGCUAUAACUACAGCUGUGACACAAUUGGCAAUAAAAAGUCUCCUCCUCCUGUGCCACCACGCACCACCUCCAAGCCACUCAUCUCUGUGACACUUCAGAGCAGCACAGAGUCAGCACAAGACACAUACCUUGACCAGCAGGACCGCGGUAGUGAAGCCAACAGCCAGUCAGGAUGCAGCAACUCCUCUGACAGUCUCUGUAGCAGUCUGGGUAAAAGGACCCAAUCUCUAUUGGCUACUGCGACCUCUGCAAACACUGCAGCAUCUUUGCCUCCUGUUCCAGCCCGUCGCGACCUCCCCCCCACUAUCACUGUCACCACUGCCACCUCAUCAACAUCUGUCCAGCCCCAAAAUGACACUGUAAGCACUAGUGUCACCCUCGAACAGCCCCCAACUGCACCAAGGAGGAAGCUGUCCUCAAUUGGAAUUCAGGUGGAUUGUCUUCAACCAAUUCCAAGAGAAGAACCAUUACUCUUUGCUACACCACUAAAAUUUCAGUCAAUUGGUGUUCAAGUGGAGAACGGAAGGCCUCUCAGCCGGGACAGCAGCAUGACCUCCAGACAAAAUACAGAGACAGAGCUUCAAGAGCCCCAGGAUACCACACCUGCUGAAAACAAAACAACCAAUUGCAGCAAUAGUCAAACAAACAAUACCACCAAAGCCAAUGAAAAGGACAUAAACAUGGAACAGCAGCCCUUAAAAUACAUCUUGGCCCAAUCAAGUGUACCCAACUCCCCUCCGGAGAAUCUGGACCCAGCUUUAGACCCUUCCUCUCUGCCUCCACCAGACCCUAGCCUAGAGAGUGGAAACAGCAGUUUCCACAGAGAUACUGCUCAGCCUAGUACACAAGCAUGCCUCCGGGAUGGUAACUGGUUUCUGAAGCUUCUAAAGGCGGAAACUGAACGAAUGGAGGGCUGGUGUCAACGGAUGGAGCAGGAGACCAAAGACAACAAGCUCUCAGAAGAGGUGUUGGGAACGGUCCGCAGUGCAGUUGGCAGCGCUCAGCUUCUCAUUUCACAGAAGUUUGAGCAGUUUAGAGGACUUUGUAAUGAAAACUUGAAUGUGAAUGCAAACCCACGACCAACGGCACAGGACCUCGCUGGCUUCUGGGAUUUGUUACAGCUCUCAAUAGAGGACAUCAGCAUGAAGUUUGAUGAGCUCUACCAAAUAAAAUCCAACAAUUGGCAGCUUCCUGAGAAAUCAGAGAAGGAUGGCAACAAGCAACUUCCAUCAGCUGUGCCAAAGAAGCAGUCUAAGCCCAAGCUGUCUGCGGGAAAGGACAGGAGUGUGGACUCGGCUGUGGACAAACAACGGCAGGAAGCCAGGAAACGUUUGAUGGCAGCAAAGCGUGCGGCAUCAGUACGACAGAACUCUGCUACAGAAAGCGCAGACAGCAUUGAAAUUUAUGUCCCAGAGGCUCAAACCCGCCUCUGAGAGCAAACCAUCUUCAAUCAUUGAUAAAAAAAAAUCUUCACUUGCAUCAGACUUUUAAUGACACAUACAUAGACAAAUUUUAGACAAAGCUGUACCGAUGCACAGAGGCCAUUCCUCCAUAGCAACAAAAUUGAUAACCGGAGCGACGUGGGAAUCACAGGGCAAAGCAUCAACAGACAAUAAUGCAGAUGUUUACUCUGCUGCCAUGGGACAGAAAUAACACGUUUAAUAAUAUUAUUAGAAUUAAUUAUCACCUUUUAAAUAUAUCAAGACUGUCUUAAAUGUGCAAGUGUCUUGAACAAACUGUACCGUGUGAGCUGAAAAAUCUUGGAAUCCUAAAAGUUUAUUCUUAAUACGCCCCUCAUUGCUGAGGCUACCAGCAAGUUGUGGCUGCCUGGUUACAAGCUGAUCUACUAUCCACACACUCAGGACACAAAUGUAGGUGUACUCACGGUCCACAGCGUCUUCCUGUUUAUUUCUAUUAGACUACCACUCGUUAGGUGUGGUGUGUAUGCUUUACUAUGUAAGAAGUAUAAGAUGGCAUUGUUGUAAAGAGUUUUAAAAUAGAGAAUCAGAGGAAGACAGUAGCAUAUAAAUAUAUAUUAUAAAUAUCACACUAUGACAAUGUUGAAUUUGUAAAUAAUGUGUACCAGAUUAUUUGUUAGAGAGGUCAGUGUUCUGUACCAAGGUAGUUUUUUUACAUGUAAUGUCAUGAUAUAUUAGCACUUGAUGCAAUCAUUCACUCAACCACUCUUCAUCUUUUCACCAAUACAAUAGCUCCAUGAAGUCAUUUGUUCUUGUGAAGAAAUGUGAGGAGUUGUUGUCCAGACAGAACCACAGAGGAAUGUAUGAAGUGUAUGAAUUUACAUUUUAUUGAGUUGAUCACUGCACACGUGUUUCCCAUCAUUUGCUUGCCUAGUCAUUCUCAGAUUUUCAUGCUAUGUAGGGGACCAACACACUCACCACCUAAGGCAUUCCUAUUCAACCAGACCACAUGUGCUACGGUGGGGGUUUCCUUGCUACUAGAAUGGAAAUGGAAUAGCAUAGCAAUAAUAACCCCCCAUUAGAGCAAGCAGUGCAGUAGGUAGCCAGUCUUAACUUAUUUAAUUCCAACAAAAAAGUAUGAAGGUCGAAUGUUUAUUUUUUUUAAAUAAAAUCUCAGGUUAAAAUCUCCUAUAGUAAAAAAACACUAUUUAUUGUAUAAUCUCAAAUAAAUUGGCCAAAAGCUUAGCACCAUUGUCAAAUAUUUUAAUUCCAAACAUAGCCUGUGUUCUUGAAAGGGAAAGGUUCACCUGACUACAGAUCUUGUCUUUUUUUUAAACCCACCAUAGCACUUGUGCCAUUUUCUAGGAGCUUAAACUCCCACCCUUUUUCUUGGAAUUGAAAUAACAAUUGUACUUUUUAUCCAUUGUCAGUAGACACAUUUUGUGACAUUCAAUCGAAAUGAAGUCAAUCUAAACAUUUGACUUCGGUAUUUAAUGGUGCUGUGAGGGACACUUUGUGCCAAACUGGCAGCGUUCACAAUACUUUGUGUCCUUUGUUAAAUAUUUAAUUUAAGUUGAUUAUUUUAUUUAAUCUGUCUGUAUGCAUUCUCUGCAAAGUUUGUUGCCAACAGCUCACUCCAGAUUUGCUUUUCGUUGUGUAAGCCCAUGACACUUUGAUUAUAAACAAGUAAAAAGGGUGCAUGAGUAGAUAGCAGAUGCUGACGUUCAAUAAGGGCACUAGUUUAGUAUGCGUUUCUGUUUUGGUUAGAAAUGGAUCUCCCCCUACUGGUUAGUCCAUGUGCAGGACUCCAGACAUUUUUUUUGUUCUCCAUUUUGAAUCAACAUUAACUGAAAAAUGCAGUUGAACUAGGAAUGCUGACACAAUACCAAUACUAUAUUGGUAUUCUAUAAUUUGCAUUACAUCAACAAAGGACAUGUUCAUCUCAUUGUCCAAGGAAUUCAUUAAACAUCCCUUUGCUAUACCGUAUGUCCUGGUCAUCAUUUUUGCAGUCUUUUUUAUUACACCCAUGCAUACUGUCAGUACAACUGUAAUAAUAGCUGAUUAAAACUACACAGAUCUUCUAUACCUAAAUUUUUGUGUAAACAAAAAGCAUAGCCUUCUUUCUUAUAAAACAUACCUACAGUAUUAAGAUCCUAACAGUGAAUUUUAAGUACUCCUUUAAAUAGGUUUUGCAAAUCUGUGUUAAGGCAUUCAGGGUAUGUUCUGCAGUAAGCAUGGGUGGAAAGCCUGCUUUUUUGUGUAAUUCAGGAGCUGAUUCCGUCAUUUGCCCACAUAUUGAAUUUUAAGAGAGCAGGACCUGAUCAGGAAUCUUCAGACCAUUUGUUUACCUGUACUUUGUGAUAUUAAAGGGCUACAAAAUGGACAAACAAUAAGCAGGAUGCACUCUGGAGGCAGAUUGUGUGGAUGUGCUGUUUAACCACCAUGUGGACGAGGCAAUAUUCUCUAAUACUAUGUUAUGAUUUUGAGACACAGUUGUUGCCAGUUGAAAAGGGCAAAAAAUUAUGUGUGCUUUGGAUGGACUCGCUGGUAGUCAUAAAUCUAUUCUUACUCCAUCACCUACCCUAAUGACCAUCUGUCCUUUCAGAUCCAGCUAGUAAAAUGAGCAAAAACUACAUACUGUAGUUUCAGAUUAUCUUGUAUUAACAAACAUUAUUUUAUAAAAAGCACACAUCUUAAAGACAAAGGGUUGUUUCAUGUUAUGGUGUAUUAGUUAGAAACUGUGAGGCUAGUUUUUUAAGACAAUAAAGAAGUGUGUUUGAAAUUA